GAGAAGAAGAAGUAGCAUCUUCUGCUAGGGCAUAGCAAUUGCGUACUAAGAAUGAUAGAGGGAAAAGAAAACUACUUUUUCCAUAGCAGAGAGGAAAAGGGGAACCACAGGAUAUAAACACAACAAAGAAAGAUGUUCACACAGCCCUUUUUCUUCUGCUAAGGAAUUGAACCGGACAGCUUUCUCAUCGCUACGGAGUCCUCCUGAUAAAUCAGCCAGCAUGACUUGGCAGCGUGCAGCUCCUGGAAUAAUCCUUGUGUUGGUGAAACUUACAGGAACAUCCCUAUUUCUUGUUUUCAUUCCACAGACCUUCCCCAGGGGAAAUAUCAGUUUUGUUGCUGAGGAGAAUUGUACAGUAUUACAGACUACUCAAAGCCCACCUGAAGCUACGGUUACUUUUCCUGCAAGAUCCGUAAUUAGAACCACAGUCAAAGCUACAGCCCCAGUUCUUGUGAAUGUCCCAAGGUGGGAGAGGUACAGAGGGAGUGAGUACUGGUUUUCUGAUGUGUCGGAUGUAUGGUUCAACAGCCAGUCCGAAUGCUCAGAAUGGAACUCGGGCCUAGUGAUCAUUAAUGACAAAAAAGAACUGGAAUUUAUCCGCAAUAAAACAACAAUGGGAGAUUAUUUCAUUGGAUUGACGUAUUCAGAGGAUGAAAAUAAAUGGCGGUGGAAUGAUGGCACAGAACCCAAGUGGAACCUCUUUACUAGGAAACCGGAUAAAAUAGAACAAGACUGUGCGAUUAUCAGGGCACAAAACGUGAUCCCAGUGUCAUGCUACCAAGAAAGCCGCUGGAUCUGUGAAAAGAAUAAUAGCUGAUUUGUUAAGUCUGAAAGAGUCCGAUGCAGUGACUUAAUUGGGAGGAGAUAAAUCUAUGGACAUUGAUUCUUAAUUAUUAAAAAGGUUAUAUCCUA